CAAAUCUCUCUAUGGUCUUAGUAUUGUAAGAUUUGUUCGAAAAUUUUGUAGGUUAGUUGUUGUUAGUGUAUGAACUACCUACGUUAAGCGAACGUUAUUAGAAAAUAUAGGCUCUUUAAGUAAUCUUGACUGCUUUUGAUAUUAUUUUUGAAUAAAGCAAAAAAAGCUCAACAUGUCGACUGCUAUGCCAAUAAAUCCCAAACCUUUUCUUAACAGUUUGACCGGCAAAGCUGUGAUGGUAAAACUUAAAUGGGGGCAUGAAUAUAAAGGUUACCUUGUUUCUACUGAUGGGUAUAUGAAUUUACAACUCGCCCAAACAGAGGAAUUCAUUGAUGGAGCAUCAUCAGGGAUGCUAGGAGAAGUACUAGUCAGGUGUAACAACAUUCUAUUCAUUAGAGGAGUUGAAGAGGAAGACGAAGAAGGAGAAACAAGGGAUUGAUAUGAAUCAACCAAUCUAAAGUCAUGUUAUGUGAGAGUGGUAAUUUGUAUAUGUGUGAAAUAAAUACUUUUUCAAUAUA